GUAGCAUCAUGGCUCCUUUCCUGCGGAUUGCCUUUAACUCAUUUGAGCUGGGCCCAAUGCCAGGUCAGUCAGAACCAUGUCAACCAUUCUGUGCUGUAAAGGUGAAGGAAUCCCUAAGUACAGAGAGAGGAAAGACCUUGGUACAGAAGAAGCCCACAAUGUACCCAGACUGGAAGUCCACAUUUGAUGCUCAUAUCUAUGAGGGCCGUGUUAUCCAGAUAGUGCUGAUGAAGGCGGCUGAAGACCCACUCUCCGAAGCCACAGUUGGGGUGUCUGUGCUUGCUGAACGGUGCAAAAAGGGAAAUGGGAAAUCUGAGUUUUGGCUGGAUCUGCAGCCUCAAGCAAAAGUUCUAAUGUCAGUGCAGUACUUUCUGGAGGACACAGAUUGCAAACAGUCCGUACGAGAAGAUGAGGGCCUGGUGACUAUAAACAGGAGGAGAGGUGCCAUCAAGCAGGCUAAAAUACACUACAUUAAGAACCAUGAAUUCAUUGCCACAUUUUUUGGUCAGCCAACAUUUUGCUCUGUGUGUAAAGAAUUUGUGUGGGGCUUGAACAAACAAGGAUACAAAUGCAGACAGUGCAAUGCUGCCAUACAUAAAAAGUGCAUUGACAAGAUCAUUGGCAGGUGUACAGGCACAGCAGCCAACAGCCGGGACACCAUGUUUCAGAAGGAGCGGUUUAACAUUGACAUGCCCCACCGAUUCAAGGUUUACAAUUACAAAAGCCCAACUUUCUGUGAUCACUGUGGCAGUCUGCUUUGGGGCUUGGUGAAGCAAGGGUUAAAAUGUGAUGAAUGUGCUAUGAAUGUUCAUCACAAAUGUCAGAACAAAGUGGCUAAUUUGUGCGGCAUCAACCAGAAACUUCUAGCAGAGGCUCUGAACCAAGUUAGCAUGAAGUCAACCAGGAAAUCAGAUUCAUCUUUGGAUAGCUUUGGCAUUUACCAAGGUGUAUCGCCGACUGCUCCAGGACCCAAAAUAUUUCACCUUCUUGUCAAUGUUAUUCUCAUCUUCUACUUACCAGACAACCAGUACGAUAAGCUUUGGGAGGGGAGCAGCCUUCAGCCUGCAAGAGUGUCCAGUAUUGGCAGCCGUGUGUCGGCGGAAAAUUUCACAUUUCACAAGGUCCUUGGAAAAGGCAGCUUCGGGAAGGUCCUCUUAGCUGAGCUAAAGGGCAAGAAUGAAUAUUUUGCUGUAAAAGCCCUAAAGAAAGACGUAGUGCUGAUUGAUGAUGAUGUGGAGUGCACCAUGGUGGAGAAGCGUGUGCUGGCAUUAGCCUGGGAAAAUCCAUUUCUCACUCAUAUCUACUGCACCUUCCAGACUAAGGAGCACCUCUUCUUUGUUAUGGAGUUUCUGAAUGGUGGAGAUUUGAUGUUUCACAUACAGGACAAGGGCCGUUUUGAUCUUUUCAGAACUACGUUCUAUGCAGCCGAGAUAAUCUGUGGAUUACAAUUCCUCCACUCAAAGGGCAUUAUUUACAGGGAUCUAAAAUUGGACAAUGUGAUGUUGGAUCGGGAUGGUCACAUCAAGAUUGCAGACUUUGGUAUGUGCAAGGAGAACGUUUUUGGAGAAAAUAAAGCAAGCACUUUCUGUGGGACCCCAGAUUAUAUUGCUCCAGAGAUUCUACAUGGACAUAAGUACACAUUUUCCGUGGACUGGUGGUCAUUUGGAGUCCUGCUGUAUGAAAUGUUGAUUGGUCAGUCCCCCUUUCAUGGUGAUGAUGAGGAUGAGCUGUUUGAAUCCAUAAGAAUGGACACUCCACAUUAUCCACGAUGGAUCACGAAAGAAUCCAAAGACAUCCUAGAAAAGCUGUUUGUGAGAGAACAUACAAAGAGACUUGGUGUAACUGGAAACAUCAAGGUGCAUCCUUUUUUCAAGACUAUCAACUGGACUGCUUUGGAAAAGAGAGAAGUGGAACCACCAUUUAAACCAAAAGUGAAAUCCCCUAGUGAUUACACCAACUUUGACCGUGAAUUCCUCAGCGAAAAGCCACGACUUUCCUACAGUGAUAAAAACCUUAUUGAUUCAAUGGACCAGACUGCAUUCCAUGGAUUCUCCUUCAUCAACCCCAAGAUGGAGAGGCUUAUUGAGAAAUAAUAGUAGUGCCCCUUUCUCCUUAUAUGUGAACUGUAGACCUCGUUUUACAAAGGGAACAACAUUCAGAACUGCAUCUGUAUUACUACUAUGCUUCUAAAAUUAUAGAGCAUUUUUAUUUCUUUUCAUCACUCCAGCUAUAAAAAGAUUGUUGUUUAUAAUCAUUAAAAAAAAAUAUUCUUGUAACAGAAUUGCCCUCCCAGAAGAAGACCCUCCCAUCUGGAUACUUGAAUGUAGUUAAUAUGUCCAAAAAUCCAUCAUGGUAAAUUUAAAUACGGAUUUGGCUGUAUAUAUUGCUUAUCGAUUCAGAAUAGUGUGGGUGGGUAGAAGCUUCAGUAUAUGACAAUGAAGUGACUUGGAUGAAAAUAUUUUUUACAGU